AUGCAAACAUACAUACAUGCAACACAUACACAUACACUUAACACACACACACAUACAUACACGUACACACGCACAGACACACACACGCACACACACACACGCACACACCGAACACGUCUUCGGAUUGAUAUAAACAAGAAGGCGUUACACUCCGAUGGCGCAAGAAAGCUGGUAUAUUUGACGCAGAUGGCGCUAAUUCAAAUUUCAAGUAAGGAUUUAAUCGCUAAAAAUUUGUUUCGUUCCCUCAAAACAUAUAUUUCCGGGAGUACUACGAUGGUUUCUAGAAGUGUCGGAGGGGAUCAGGAAAAGUUUCCGGAAAUACCAAAUGUAUUUUUGUGGUGCAAAUGA